AUGUACAGAGAAAAUAAACGAAAUGCUAGCAAGUUCUGCAUUGAGUGUUUUGACACAAAGCAGUCAUCAGAGACGAAUACAGGGAAAUCACCUGGUGAUAGACUGAGAAAAAAAUGUAGUGGCGUUCGAUUGAAGCGAGCAGGAAUAGGAUUACAGGAAAGAGUACGAAAGGUAGUAUUGGACAGUGAAGAUAAACCUAGCAGUUAUCGGGAUGAACUUUGUCCCAACAUGAGGAAAAUAAUACAGUCAGACACACGAACAGAACUGGACUCCCUUAAGUCCUUGAUCUACAGUAAUGCUAAAGCUACAGUCACAUUGGAUUCCACAGCACUAGAGAAACUGGCCAAACUCUCGACCUCAGCUUCUUCUCAUCUGACACCAAGAGUAAGUUUUUCUGUCAACGUCAGAUCUAGAAGGCUCACUGUUGGAAAUGAACAGACCAUAGAAUUUGAUGGAAUUUUAACAAAUGAUGGUAACGGAUAUGAUGACAGAACAGGGGUAUUUGUGUGUCCAGUGGCGGGAACGUACAUGUUUGUUUUUGACUGUCUGUGCUAUUUAGAAACACAGCUUCACAUAUUAGUGAAUAAGGAAAUAGUAGCAUCAGCAUAUAAAGAUCCUAAAGGAUGGAACCAAAUUAGCAGAACAGUUAUCGUAAAACUGAAGCAAGGUGACCAUAUGAAGGUAGAAUUUAAACUCAGUGCAGGAAGGAACGCAAAAAUACACCAGGAUGAAUACUCAGGAUUUGUAGGAAUGCUACAUUACUAAUAUGGAGACGUUUUUGA